GACCAUUUUCCGGGGCCUAGCUGCAUCAUGAGUUCCAGUGGGAUCUGUUUCAGUGUUCUGUGUGCUGUCGUAUUACUAUUUGACUUCAGUAACGGUGCAUGUAAAUAUAAACCUGCUGAUUACCGUAUAGAUAGAGCCAGGAAUGAGAUUGUUGUCUUUUGCUCCCAUCGUGGGGUAGAAUGGUCACGUGGUAUGGUGCAUUUUGAUCAGGACUGCGAGAAAUGCUACUGUAACGGAUUUGUUAUGCAGUGUUGCGAAAGUCGUGAUGUGGCGGGUGUUACAAUGAUCCCGGGUUGUAGACAAGAGAUGCGCGGAUGUAAAGUAGAGUUUUACCGAUACAUGUAUGGCCUUAAAAUAAACUGUCGCACAGGUCAACCUUUCGAGGAUAUAGUUGGUUUUUGAAAACAUUUUGCUUUUGUGGUAUAUUUCCAUUAUUUUUAUUGUAUAUAUAUUUUGUUAAAAGAAUAAAUGUUUACUGAUUACUUA